AAAACCAACGGCUAUUGAAAAAUAAUUAAAGCUGUACUAGUAAAUCUUAUCUUAGUUGAACACUUCUUGAGACUCAUGAAUCUAUAAAUUCCAUUAGUUGCCAAGAAAUUAAAAUACCUCCAAUUGCAACACUGAAAAACAGAGGUCUACAAAGCAUAACAAUGGCGGAAAACAGCAAAAAACUGCAUAUUGCAGUAUUUCCAUGGCUAGCUUUUGGCCAUAUGAUUCCAUAUUUAGAGCUAUCAAAACUCAUAGCUCAAAAGGGUCACAAAAUUUCCUUUAUUUCCACUCCUAGAAACAUUGAUCGUCUCCCAAAACUUCCACCAAAUCUUGUCCCUUUCUUACAUUUCAUCAAACUGCCUAUGCCACACGUCGAAAAUUUACCCGAAAAUGCAGAAGCUACUAUUGAUGUUCCUUAUGAACAAGUCAAGUACCUUAAAAUAGCUCAAGAUGGACUUGAACUAUCCAUGUCUAAGUUUCUUGAAGAUUCAACGCCUGAUUUUAUACUCUUCGAUUUCACUUCUUACUGGAUUCCUUCAGUUGCUAAAAAAUUCAAUAUUCCAACGGCUUAUUUCAGCAUAUUCAUCGCCGCGUUUCUGGGUUUUGCCGGACCUGUACCUGGAUUAAACAACGACUAUGAAAUUCGAAAGACGCCGGAAGAGUAUACAGUUUCCCCGAAAUGGGUGCCGUUUGAGACUAGUGUUGCGUGGAAGCUGUUCGAAGUUUCAAGAAUCUUCGACGCUUCCAUGAACGGAGAUGAAGAGAACGUUUCUGAUAUUUUUCGUUUGUAUAAAACUCUUGAAAAUUGUGAUCUUUUGCUUGUGAGGAGUUGUUCAGAAUUUGAACCAGAAUGGUUGAAGGUAGUAGAGGAUAUUCACCGGAAACCGGUUUUACCGGUGGGGCAACUACCGACAACGUCGUAUGAAGACGACACCACGAAGAUGGAUACAUGGAGAGAAAUAAAAUCGUGGCUUGAUAAGCAAGAAAAAGGGGAAGUGGUUUACGUUGCAUUUGGUAGCGAGGCAAAACCAAGUCAAAAUGAAAUCAUUGAGAUUUCACUUGGAUUAGAGCUUUCUGGAUUACCAUUUUUCUGGGUUUUGAGAACUAAAAGAGGGGAAUCUGAUGAUGAAUUGAUUCAAUUACCAGAAGGGUUCGAAGAACGAACAAAGGGGAGAGGAAUUGUGUGCACGAGCUGGGCACCACAACUUAAGAUACUGAGUCAUGACUCAGUGGGUGGAUUUUUGACUCACUCGGGAUGGAGUUCAGUAGUUGAAGCGAUUCAGUUUGAGAAGCCAUUGGUUCUCUUAACAUUUUUGGCUGAUCAGGGGAUAAAUGCUAGGCUACUGGAGGAGAAGAAGAUGGCGUAUUCGAUACCGAGAGACGAUCGAGACGGUUCGUUCACUCGUGACUCAAUGGCUGAGUCAUUGAGUUUGGUACUCGUCAAAGAACAGGGUGAGAUUUACAGGAAGAAAGUUACAGAGAUGAAAGAUCUGUUUUGUGAUAAGGGAAGACAAGAUAAUUAUGUGGAGAAUUUAUUAAGUUAUCUCCAAAACUAUAAAAACAUGAAAGGGUAGGAAGAACUUGUGUUCGCAUGCACGUUUUCAAUUUUUUGAAUAAUUGUAAUGUGGGUUAAUUUGUCCUCGAUUAUUUUAUAAGGUAUCAAUUUUCUCUCA